AUGGUAAUAAAAAUAGUGGAUAUGAAGCGAUCUGCUGCAGUUGUUCAGCUUGAAAGUCAGCUCAGAGACAUGUUAUCACCAAGUGGAGGACUAGGAGAAACCAGAUGGGUCGGCAGACUGGUAGAUUUGAUGAAAGAAACAGUAAACACCGAAGGCAAAGAGUUUCUUCUCCAAGUUUUGCUUAAAACACCUCAGAACGACAAGGCCACCCUGACCAGGUUUAUUCAGCUGGGUGGAAUCGAAAUAUUAGGGAACUGACUAAAAGAACACAAACACAGUUUGGAGCAGGAGGACAAGCAAGUGAUUCAUAGCUCAUUAUCGUGCCUGAACAAGCUCAAUAUCACUUUAGAAAUCCUUGACAAAACAGAAAUCGGGAAAAUUGUCAAUAGCUUACACAAGCACCCUGAUGCAAGCAUCCAGGCCAAGGCAGGAACUAUUGUAUCUAAAUGGAAAAAAAAUGUGAUAGCCCCUGAAGAGCCCAAGCGACCUUCAAAGCCAAAAAGCAAAGAAACUAAAAUUCCAUUGCCGAAGAAGUAAGUAUAACACAGACAAAAAAUCGAAGAAAAAAUAGAAACUUCUGAAAACAUUGAGGAGGUCUAUAUCCCAGCGAGUCCUCCUCAAGAAAAACCUAUUGAAUCUCCUCCACAAUAUGUGGCGCAACCUUUAAUGGACAUUAUCGACGACAAUACUCCUAUUAAGAAAAAAGUGAGGUAUGUUAAUAUAUUUUUUUAAGAUAAAUAUUCCAGGGUGUUAGGGUGUUAAGGUGUUAAAAAUAAAAAAUUAAAUAAAUGAAGUAUACUUUAAAUGGACUAAGACUAAUUGUAAUAGAUGGGUCGAUGAAGAACGUUUGGAGAGUGUCAAGUACUUCUAUAAGAACGACGAACCCUCUGCAAAAUGUGCAUCAUUUCGACCUCAAGACCGCCCAAGCGAGCUAG